GCCAUUUUGUAGGGCACACUCGGGGGCCGCUGAUUGCGGUGGUUUUUGGCACAGUUUGCCUGCAGUUCACGGUUGUGAUCAAAUCGUCCAAUCUUCGCCAUGGACAAGUACCGCAAGGUGAUGAAACCCAAGGAGGAGAUCCAGAAGACGGAUGAAGAGAUCCGCGUGACUGCUGCCGGCAGCGUGUCUGCGUACGUUUCUCGUGCGGCCACCGUAUUCAAUGAGCUCAAGAAGCCCUAUGUGAUCGUGCAAGCCACUGGCAACGCCUUGACUAAAGCAGUGACAGCUGCAGAGGUCAUCAAACGGCGCUUCAAGGGCCUGCACCAAAUCACUGAGCUGAAAACAGUUGACAUUACAGACGAGUACGAACCACUUGAAGAAGGACUGGACAAGGUCACGGACGUUCGCAGUGUGUCUGUGAUCGAGAUCAAGCUUUCAAAGGAUCCAUUGGACACCAGCGACAAGGGCUACCAGCCACCGAUCGACGAGUCCAUGGUCAAAGAAUUCGACCCUGAGGACAUGGUUCGGGGCAGAGGGCGUGGAGCCAGCUCGGGCAAAGGCCGUGGAAAGGGCAAGGGCCGCGGUCGGGGACGCGGGAAAGGCAAAGGCCGCGGCAAGGGUAAAGGAAAGUCCAGCGAGCCAAAAGGCAAAGGCUCCAGCAAAGGCUCCAGCAAAGGCAAGGGCAAGGGCAAGGGCAAAGGCUCCAAGG